AUGGAUUCUGAAGAAGUAAAAGUGAUGGAAAAUGCUCAGAGUUCUCCUAAAGUUGAAAAAAAGACAGGAUCAGGUCUGGGUCGCCAAGUAAUGAACGCCGUUCGCCAACUACAAGGACAGAAAGGAGCUCAAGGAACAACGCUCGCCAGCAUCAAGUCGUUCCUCUGCAACGCCAGAAAUGUGGAUACGAAGCAGAAGGAUGCCGAAAUCAAGAUGUACUUGAAGAAAGCUUUGGAUCGUGGACAACUGAUAAGGGAGGCUGGUAACUAUAAGGUGGCUGCCAAGACUCAAAAGAAGAGUAGUGGAAGACGCAAAAGAAGUGCUGGAGCAGCGAAGGCAUCCCCAAAACGGAAGUCAAGAAAAUUGGCCGUGUCCAAAUCUGCGAAGAAAACUGGUAAACCGAGAGCCAAGAGGAGUAAAAAGAGAAGCUCUAGCCAAAAGUAA